AAACUUCCGCGUUCCUUGCCCGAUCCCAGUCGCUUCCCCGCGCGCCCAAGCGAAACCCUAUCUCUUCUUCCCUCAUUUGCCCCCUCUCUCUGCUCCGGACGAAGCGUGCGAUGUACGCCGAUCGCGUCGCGUCGGGGACGAAGAGAUCGAUCAGGGAUCGCCUCGAGGGCAAUCUCGCUCGAGAUUUGGGCCGAAACCGAGCCCACAAUCUCAAAAGGCAGCGUGGAGGUGAUGAUAAAUGGAAACAUGAUCUUUAUGAUGAUGUCAAAGGGCCUCAAGUUUCAAAGCCCCAAGUUGGUUCGACAGAUCUCCGACUCAAGCUCCAAAAGAAAGCUUCGCUACAAGCGCAUCAAAGUGGCAAGGAAUCAGGAGUUCGAGAUCUUCGUGAAAAGUUAUCUGGUAUUAUGAACUCACAACCUAUAGCUGUUGAUCCACCUAAAGCUAAAGCAGCACUAGUGACAACAUCAGAGAGCGCUAAACCUGUGAAAAGAAGUGCCCCACCAAUUGAAGCAAUCCUAACAGAUGUGAAAAAAGUCUCUGCCUCAGCUUCUUAUAGUAAAAAGCCCCAGAAAAAGCCUGACUUGACUGUGGAUGGGCUGCUAUGUUCUCUUGGUCUGGAGAAGUAUUCAAUACAAUUCCAGGCAGAAGAGGUGGACAUGUCAGCUCUUAUGCACAUGGAUGAUGAUGAUCUUAAGGCUCUUGGAGUUCCAAUGGGACCAAGGAAGAAGAUUUUACUGGCACUGGAGUCCAGAAAGCAGGGAUGACUGCAUGGACACUAACUUAGCAGAAAAUGGUGGUUGAACUGAAUGAAGAUUUAAGCUUAUGCUCCUGUCACGCUAUCUUGGAGAUGACUUGAAGGCCUUUGAUCCACUCGCUUUAUCCCUUCUGCAGUCCUGAGUCAAUAGCAUCUAACUUUAUACAACCCACCUCAGGUUUUGUUGAAGAACCCCUCGUAUUUUAUGAAACUUGCAGUCUGGAGAAAGCAUUGAAAUCUGUAUGGCAGGGAUCUUGAUGUUAAUGACAAUUAGUUUUCACGUGUCUCUUCA